GGAAGGAAGGAAGGAAGGAAGGAAGGAAGGAAGGAAGGAAGGAAGGAAGGAAGGAAGGAAGGAAGGAAGGAAGACCUCUCCCACCAAGGAUGACACUAAACACUCAGCAAGAAGCAAAGACUCCUCUGCGCAGGAGAGCCAGCACUCCGCUACCCCUGUCAUCCAGGGGCCACCAGCCUGGCCGCCUGUACACAGCAACGCCUGUCCCUCAGCCCCAACAUCCCCGGCUGGGCCAGUCUGUGUCCCUCAACCCUCCCAGCCGAAAACCUUCUCCUGCCCCGGAUGGCUGGUCCUCUGAAUCCAGCGACUCCGAAGGUUCCUGGGAGGCCCUGUACCGGGUGGUGCUGCUGGGAGAUCCUGGCGUAGGGAAGACCAGCCUGGCCAGCCUCUUCGCAGGGAAGCAAGAGCGGGACCUCCACGAACAGCUGGGAGAUGUAUAUGAGAGAACCCUCACAGUGGACGGAGAGGACACCACACUGGUGGUCAUGGACACCUGGGAGGCUGAGAAACUGGAUGGCAGCUGGAGCCAGGAGCCCUGCCUGCAGGUGGGCAGCGCCUAUGUCAUCGUGUACUCCAUCGCAGACCGAGGCAGCUUUGAGAGCGCCUCAGAGCUCCGCAUCCAGCUGCGGCGCACGCAUCGUGCGGACCAUGUGCCCAUCAUCCUCGUGGGCAACAAGGCAGACCUGGCCCGCUGCAGGGAAGUUUCGGUGGAAGAGGGCCGCGCCUGCGCGGUGGUGUUCGACUGCAAAUUCAUCGAGACCUCAGCCACUCUGCAGCACAACGUGGCCGAGCUGUUCGAGGGCGUGGUGCGCCAACUGCGCCUGCGCCGCCGGGACAGCGCGGCCCCGCCGCCGUCCGCGGCCCAGCGACGCCGGGCCAGCCUGGGCCAGCGCGCUCGGCGUUUCCUCGCCCGCCUGACGGCCCGCAGCGCCGGCCGCCGGGCCCUGAAGGCCCGCUCCAAGUCCUGCCACAACCUGGCCGUGCUCUGAGGCCGCUCUCGGGCCUGGCGGGGCGUGGGGCCCUGGGGUGCACCGUUGCCUGCAGUGGAAGGGUGCACUGGGACCCGGGGCGUGGCCGGAGGACCCUUCGCCCCAGAGAAGCGGGGUUCGGACUAUGGAGCCAGGUAGCACCUGGCCUGGGCACGCGCACAGCGGGGCUUCGGUGGGUGUAUCCUUGUAAAUACCUUGAGCAAUCCCCUACCCCCGAGAGCUCCCCCCAAUAAAGCACUCCAGGAUGUCCUGUC